AUGGCCGGACCGCCGACGCCCCCACUCACACCGCCACCCAUCGCCACGGGCGUGCUCCCGGCACUGCCCCCGCCGCCGCCGACACUGCUGUCCGGCUUGGGCGGCGCCCGCGCCAGGAACCGCGCCAUGAUCUCGUGCCGGCCCAGCAUGUCGUUGAUAAUGGCCGCCUGGUGGUGCGCCGUCGACGCGUCGCCGCUGCGCGCCGUCCUCCUCGGCCGCCAGCAGCGUGUCGAUGAGCACGGCGCCGCGCUUGGCCAUGGCGUCGCAGCGCCGGUGCCGCAGCCGGUCCGCGGCCCGCGCCAGCGUCUGCCGGUACGCGUGCGCCGUGUCGUCGGUGUGGUCGGUGCGGUGGAACAGCUCGAGGCCCAGCACGACGGCCGCCGUCACGCAAAACGCCGAGUGCGUCCAGAUGGACAGCGUCUGCUCGGCCAGCGCCUGCUCGUGCUCGCGCAGAAUGGUCGUGGCCGCGGCCACGCAGGUCGUGCGCGUGUGCCGGAACGCGGGCCCGCCCUGGAACGAGUCGUAGAGCACCGGCCGGUGGAUCAUGAUGAUCUUCUCGGCGGCCGAGAUGGCGAGCGUGCGCCGGGCCAGCGCCAGCCAGGGCGUCUUCGUUGCGGCGGGGGCCGCGUCGUCCCGCAGCAGAAACUCGGGGAUCUGCGCCACGUUGGCCCGCAUCACGCGGUCGCACGCCAGGAUGUGCUGGUACGCCUCGGCGGGCGGCUUGCGCGCGCCCAUCGGCCCCAGCCCGUCCAGCAGCGGCGGGAUCAGCGACGCCGUCCGGCCCAGCAUGCGCACGUACGACGAGUUGGUGGGCUCGCGGGCCGGCCGCGCCACCAUGUCCUCGUCGUUGCAGUUGUCCGGCAGCGGUGUGAUGUACUGCGACGGGUGGAUGACGUACGUGUCCGUGUACGGGAUCUGGAAGUGGUCCUGGAUCACCAGCUGCAGCCACACGCGCUUGCCCGUCUCGAUCUCGACCCGCUCGUGCCACGCGUCCACCUCGGUGCCCUCGUCUGGCGGGUCGGCAACCGGGUCCGCAAUCUUGUGCAGGCCCAGGCAGUGGGCGAUGCGCACCGCGGCACCCACCAGAAUCGCAUUCAGGUCCGUGCGGUCGAGGUUGUGCGCGAUCCGCGUCGAGAUGACAAUCGCCUGCACCGCGUACAGCGACAGGUUCUCCAGAAAGUUCUCGCCGUACAGGGUGUGCACCAUGGCCUGGAACUGCCGGCCCACCAGCGCCUCGUCAAAGUCCCAGUCGCCCGUCACCUCGCGCCGGUACGGCUCGUUGUUGAGCAGCGUCCACAGCGACACGCUGCACACGGCAAAGUACAGCGCCAGCCACAGCGGGUGGUCCGCCGUGCCCGUGCGCCAAAACUGCUCGCACUGCGCCACAAACGUCGGCCCGUGGAACGCGUUGUGGUGCCACCGCAGGUGGUCCAUGUGGAACGCCACCACCUGACGCGCAACGCGCGGCGGCAGCAGCACCGACGGCUCCGUCGGGUCGCUGUCGCUGGCGUCCGCCCGCAGCGUCAUGGCCUGCCGGCCGACCCACGCGGCGUCGCAGUUGAUCGAUGCCAGCUCCGAAUACCGCCGGUUCUGGUAGCAGCGGCAGCGGCGGUGCGGGAAGCAUGCCUGGCUGUGCCGGCCCCAGGCCAGAAACUCGAAGCCGGUCAGGAUGGACGCAUGGUUGUCGUCGAGCUGGUGCGUGGUCGGCAUGCGCUGGUGCUGGUGCUGCUGCUGGUGUUGGUACUGCACGGUUCGUGGCUGCACGCUGACGACCGGCGUCGACGCCGAUGUGGCCAUGCUUGUCGGACUGGCCACAGUCGCCGUUCCGCCGUAGCUGCUGCGCAUUUCGUCUUCAUCCGUCGGUGCCGGGCUGUGCAUCGCAGGGUCCACGCCCAUGGCGGCGCCGUUCAUGUCGUUGGCAUCUGGCUGGGGUGGCCCAUCGUCGGACGCGGCCGACUUGCCGUGCUCCAGGAAGUGGACGCGUCGGUCAAUGUCGGCGACGGCAUCGUGGCAGCUGGGCCCCAGCGCGACCAGACGGGCCCGGAGUGCCCGCAGGAACCGCAGCUCGUCCCGGUGCAGCGACAGCGACUUGCUGAUCCGCACCACCUCGCGGGUGCAUGUUUUGGACAGCCGAACGCAUCGGCCACACGGCGUCUCCUUGUCACACCGGACCUUGCGUUGCGAGCAUUCUACCAAGUCAGUUGGCUGUCAGCCUCGCCCGUCGUCUGA